AUUGUUUUAUCAUUUGUUCAUUUUAUUCAUUAUUUUAUUUGUGAAUGUGAUUCAAUGUUUCAGUUCAAUUUAGAGAAUCCAGACAGUUUUAAUUUUACAGAAUGGCGUGAAAAAAAUAACAACAAUUCUGAUUGGAAAGAGGAUCAAUUACGCUUGAAGCCAUUAUCUAGCGAACCAUUUGAUUUCCUUAACCUUGCGAAUGAACAUUCAGUUAAUUCAAAUGCAUCAUCAUCAUCAUCAACAACAACAACAACAGACAUAUCCUUUCAGCAGGGUGAUGAUACAGAAGAAGAAGAUAUUUGGACUCAACAACUAUCUAUACCAACUACAUUUAAUACUUUGUCUUGGGAUACACAAAAUCCUCACUAUCCUUCUUACGCACAGAGAGAACUUGCUCAAAGAAAUAUUGGAACACCAUUUAUUACUGAAGCUCCUUUAAGCUUUUCAGAGACAGUGGUUCGAUCUUUAUUAAAAGAAAAUACGAGUGUUGUUGUUUAUGAAUCAGAUCUUGUGAAGGGACUUUUACAAGCUCUUGCAGGAUUGCCCUCGAUUUAUUUUUAUUGGGAUAAAGAUUUGAUGCUUAAGCAACGUGAGCCUCAUGUUCGUAUUCUAGGUGUUAGUCCAAAUGCUCUAGACUCUAUUCUUCAAGAUGUACUUUUAUUUAGUUCACAAUUAAGAGCCUUAGAAUAUGUGGCUCAACAAUGCCAAGAGAAUGCAUCAGAGUAUGGACUUACAGGGAUAGCAUUUGGUUGCUGUUUAACUGAACUACAUCUUUAUCUACAACAUUUGAUCUUGGAUGUUCUAUUAUUACCUAACAUGACAAUUUUAAGAUUACAUCAAUCUAUUCAGCCCUUAUCUAUGAUUGUCCAAAGAUUAUGUCGACUUUUUAGGAUUCAUCAAGAACAUUUCCAAAUUCCCUUUGGAGCUGCAUUAUUGAAUUUGCUUUACGAUGAAAUCAAAAGAAUAGAUCUUUCAUUCAAUGGACAUCUUGCUUUAUAUCGAGAUAUUUGUUUGGCCAUAUUAGCACAUACAAGUAUACCUUAUUUGACUAUGCUUAGUAAAUGGUUAUAUCUAUGUCAAUCUACAGGAGAGAACAAAGACCCUUAUCAUGAGUUUUUUAUAGAUAUAAAUUCUAAACAAGAUACAUUUCAGAUAUAUCCAACAGAUAGAACUUUACCUUACUUUAUUGAUAAGGAGCUUGCUGAAUAUCUAUUUCGAUCAGGAGUCUCUGCACGAAUAUUACAAAGAACUAAGCCAGAACACCCAUUAUUUGCAUUAAAUGAUUCAAUUUCUUUAAAAUGUAUAUUAACAAGUGCAGAAGGUGAAAAAAAAAGUGAUUCAAUACAUGCAAGAAUAUAAUUUGGGAAACCAUACAGUUCAAAAUCCCUUGGAGCCAUCUACUAUCUCUUUACCUUCCUUACAAGAUAAUCAUACCCCUAUAGAAAACAUACCAAUACUUCCUUUACUUGAAAAGGAUUCAAAUCCAUCAAGUGACUUUUUAAAUACAUUGAAUGAAAUCAUAAAGUAUCAUCAACAUCAACAUCAUGGCUUUUUUAUACCCACUAUAGACGUAAUUACAGUCCAAAGCUAUCUUAAACCAAUUCAGUUAUGGUGUCCAAUCUUAAACGAAUCAGUCAUGUCCUCCUUUUUAACUCAGUUCAAACUUGAAUCCCAUUUGUCAUUACUAUAUCAAUACUUCUUAUUUGGUAAUGGUACAUUUGUGAAUGGGCU